UCGGCUCCACCUCGCGAGCCAGGAGAGGUAAAUUCCGAGGCCGCGGCUGCCCCUGGUAGCUGGGCCGGAGUCUCCUCGCGGCGCUGCAGUAAGCCUAGCGUUCGGGAGGCUGAGGCGGGAGGAUCGCCGCGAGUUCAAAGUUAGUCUGGGCUGCGUGGCGAGACCUCCUCUCAAGAAAAAGGAAAAAAACAAAAACAGAAACAAACCCGUUGGAAAGAAUGCGAGAGAAUUAGAAAGCUGCCUGCAGAAGUUUGAGAAAUGGCAGCUAAUGGAAGCACCGGCGUCUUCAGCUCUGCAUCGUUGGCUGUGGAGUACAUAGAUUCGCUUCUGCCUGAGAAUCCUCUGCAAGAGCCAUUUAAAAAUGCUUGGAAUUCUAUGUUAAAUAAUUACACAAAGUUCCAGAUUGCAACGUGGGGAUCCCUUAUAAUUCAUGAAGCCAUUUAUUUCUUGUUGUGUUUACCUGGAUUUUUAUUUCAAUUUAUACCUUACAUGAAAAAGUACAAAAUCCAAAAGGAUAAACCAGAGUCAUAUGGAGGCCAAUGGAAAUGUUUUAAAGUACUUCUUUUUAAUCAUUUUUGUAUCCAGCUGCCUUUGAUUUGUGGAACCUAUUAUUUUACAGAGUUUUUCAGCAUUCCUUAUGAAUGGGAAACAAUGCCAAGAUGGUAUGCGCUUUUGGCAAGAUGCUUGGGCUGCUCAGUCAUUGAAGAUACCUGGCACUAUUUCUUGCAUAGGCUCUUACACCACAAAAGAAUAUAUAAAUAUAUUCAUAAAAUUCAUCAUGAGUUUCAGGCUCCAUUUGGAAUGGAAGCGGAAUAUGCACAUCCUUUGGAAACUCUGAUCCUUGGGGCUGGAUUUUUCAUUGGAAUCUUGCUUUUGUGCGAUCACGUAGUUCUUCUUUGGGCUUGGGUGACCUUGCGUUUGGUAACAACUAUCGAUGUCCACAGUGGCUAUGAUAUUCCUAUCAACCCUUUAAAUUUCAUCCCUUUCUAUUCUGGUUCCCGGCAUCACGAUUUCCAUCACAUGAACUUCGUUGGAAAUUAUGCUUCGACAUUUACAUGGUGGGACAGGCUUUUUGGAACAGACUCUCAGUAUAAUGCGUAUAUUGAAAAGAUGAAGAAGAUUCAGAAAAAAACUGAGUAAUCCUCUCUCAGACCUUCCUGAAGACCUACAUUUUCCUGAAUCGAAAGUAGUAGCUAACAUUGCUUCCAGGGAGCAGAAAUACACGUCUUGGCUGCUGAGUGAUAAAAAGAACAUUAACAACCUUUAAUUAUCUUCCUAGUGGGAACUUUUUCUACUUUACAUACAAGGUCUGUGUAUGUAUAAAUACAUAAAUGUGUAUGUAAGUACAGUUUUUGUAAGGUUAGCCAUGUUGCUAACCUGAAGGUUUUCAAUAAUGAAAGUAUUAUUUGUCUUUUCCCCCAGUGCUGUCCGAGACCUGAGGUUGACAGUGUCUUUAAGUCUUAGAUACAUAUUGGUCAUUCU